AUGUUACGAUCCUCCUCCGAGUCCUCCUUCGACGAGUCCUACUUCGAUAAAACCUACGUUCCACUCUCCAGUCUCCCAACACCACCCCUCUCCCACUCGAGAACCAAUUCUCGCCAGCAAUCCCCCGACACCCUUUCCCCUGACGAAUUCCUCGAUCCAGACCUCCUCGGCCCGGCAAUCCACCUCACAAACCUCAUCCCCUCCUCAACAUCCCUAACCACCCCUUCCAUUCCGCUCGUCCACUCCAUCCUCAACCGUUCCGACCUCCCCCUCGAAACCAUCGCCCUCGCCGUCUGCAUCCUCGACUCCCUCAACUCUCGUUUCGCCCUACAAUGGCGAACCGCUUGUCCCCUCUCUAUUGUUUCUCUCCCUCCUCCUUUCAACGCAAAUGGAGAGAAGCUGGAAACGCAACAUAUCGAUGAGAUUCAUCCCGAAAUCAUCGUAUUGUGUGCCUUGAUCCUCGCUGUCAAAUUUCUCGACGAUCACCAACAGAGUACGAGGGAAUAUAGAGAUCAAUGGGGUCUGAAUCUCUGGACCUGCGAGCAGAUUAAUUUCACGCAACGAAUCCUUCUCGAGAAUUUGGGGUAUAGACUUCUGCCUCUUUGGGAGGAAACCAUUAUCCUAGAAGCCUUGGAGGAUAUGGAGCGAGCGAGCCGUCAAUACGAACCAGAGAUCUUCAACGACGAGGAAGAAGAAGACUGGGAAAGUGAGAAUAAACACUAUAACCUAGUGAGGAUAGGUGGGAAAGCUGUGCUGGGGCUAGGGAAUCAGUUGACGCCUGUGGAGACGCCGAUGGCUGAG